CCGAAUGAGCAGAUAAUAGACACCAUUAGGAGGGAAGUGCUCGAAGAGUCCGGUUUUGAGAUGGCGCCGGUAGAUUUAGUUAUGAUUGAGAGCAUCGGCAAUAUAUUUAAUUUCAUAUACUCUGGUCGUGUCAUCGGUGGUCAACUAAAGACUGUUGAGGACAGUGAGUCAAUUGAGGCCAAGUGGUGGUCUGAGAGUGACAUGAGUUCAUUGAAUCUGCGAUACGACGACAUUUUGGAUGUGAUAAGUGUUGUCCGCAAUCAUAACACAUCUCUGGCAGAGAUUUCAUGUCAUAUCUCACGAUUCAUUGCCAUUGAGGCCCACAAUAGGAUGUUAUUAAGAGUGGUAUUCACUGCCACUAAAGAAAACAACAGUCGAUACGUACUGAUCAAAAAAGUGCCGUCCCCUCAACUACCUCAAAUAUUUAUCACUGAAUACCUGAUUGACAAACUCGAGGGUGUGUUGUCAGUUGAACACAACGGAGUUCCCCGAAGUCCACAGGACUCACCCCACGACGGCCUCUGUAUCACUGUCUUAGCCAUGAGUCGGGUGCCGUAUGAAGAUAUGAACCCAAUUACUGGUGAUUAUGAAUGGAUGCAAAUGAGUCGAUCACUGUGCGCACUGCUCACCCGUUGUCUCGACAAUCCUAUGACAGAGUUAAUUCAAUGGAGAAGAGUGUCCGAAACGGGACCCAUUAAACCGAUUGUCAAGCAAACCGUUGGUUAUAUCGGGGGCGCCGUUGUAUUCAAUGAGGACAUGGAUGUGCUGUUGAUUCAGGAGUCAAAAGCCUCAUGUCGUGGCAAAUGGUAUCUCCCUUUGGGUAAAAUUGAAACAAACGAACAGCUCAUGGAUGGCAUAAAGAGCGAAGUACUCGAAGAAUCAGGUCUUGAGAUCGAACCGACAUCUUUGGUUGUCAUUGAGACUGAAGGGAGCGCUUGGUAUAGGUUUACAUACACUGGACGUGUCAUCGGUGGUCACCUCAAGACUGUUGAGGACAAUGAGUCAAUUCAGGCCAAGUGGUGGUCUAAAAGAGAGCUAAAAUCAGUGGAUUUUCGGUGUAAGGAUAUCGUGGACCUAAUAUAUUGUGUCCGAAAAUAUCACAAAUCGGUUAAUACUUCGCAUAACUCAAGACUUCCUGCCAUUAGAGCUCACAAUGAGAUGCUUUUAAGAGUUGUAUUGACUGUCAAUAGGAAAUCAAAAUGUACUCUGAAAAAAUUCCUUAAGAGAAUACUGGAAAGGGAUAUCAGUGCCAACUACCAGUCAUAUGGUGUGCUAUCGGUGGAACACAACGGAGUUCCCAAACACUCUCACGACGGCAUAUGUCUCACUGUAUUAGUAGUCAAUAGGAAACCAUUUGAUGACAGAGUCGUGUCUGAAACGGAACCCCUUAUACCGAUAGUCAAGCAAACUGUUGGUUAUAUCGGGGGCGCCGUUAUCUUCAAUGAGGACAUGGAUGUGCUGUUGAUUCAGGAGUCAAAGGCCUCAUGUCGUGGCAAAUGGUAUCUCCCUUUGGGUCGAAUAGAGCCAAACGAACAGCUCGUGGAUGGCUCUAAGAGGGAAGUACUCGAAGAAUCGGGUCUUGAGAUCGAAACGACAGCUUUGGUGGUCAUUGAGAGUGAAGGGAGCGCUUGGUAUAGGUUUACAUACACUGGACGUGUCAUCGGUGGUCAACUGAAGACUGUUGAGGACAAGGAGUCAAUUGAGGCCAAGUGGUGGUCUGAAAAUGAGUUACAAUCAGCUAAUCUUCGCUUUGAAGAUAUUUUGGAUUUGAUACAUUGUGUCCGAAAUUAUCACAAAUCGGUUAAUACUUCGCAUAACUCAAGACUCACUGCCAUUAGAGCUCACAAUCAGAUGCUUUUAAGAGUUGUAUUGACUGUCAAUAGGAAAUCAGACAAAAGGCAAUUAAUACUGUUCUCUGAGCGCCCGACCCCUCAUUUGCCAGUCUGUGAAAUGGAUCCGCAAAACAGUUUGAGAGUAACUCUUAGAAAGUUCCUUAAGAGAAUAUUGGGACAGAAUUUCAGUGAAGACUAUCACUCAUUAGGUGUGCUAUCGGUUGAACACAACGGAGUUCCCAAACACUCUCACGACGGCUUAUGUCUCACUGUAUUAGUGGUAAACAGGAAACCAUUUGAUGAUACCGUUCCCAUACCAUCUCCAUACAAAUUGCUUGAAUUGAGUCUACCCCUGAAGGCACUGGUUAUGAAUUGUGUAAAUAAUCAUGAGACACAAUUGAUCCAAUGGUGGUCUGACUGA